UUACCCGCGACCUGUUACGACCACUGCAUACACACUCAGUACCGGCGUAUCCAGACUUCCUACUGCGCUGUAUGAACAAGGAUAAUUCCUCGGUAACCAGCCUUACACUGGAGCCGUUGAGGUUUAAGUCGAGAGAGGUCACGAUUCUUUAGACAAUGAAUUAUUGGAUCCUUUCCGUCCUUUUCUUGCCUCACGUGUUCGCCCUUUCCCUCGUGGAUCAGGAAUUUGUAGGGAAAUGUCUGUACUACCAGACCACCAUCAACCCGCAGCCAUUUGUUACUCAGAGAAAGAACUGUACCUUGCUCUGGGAGAGUUUCCGUGACGCCAUUGCUUACCAGCCGGCAUGUCACGUGCCGAGGGAAAGGUUUACUCAGUUUGUUAGAGACAGUCAGCACGCCAUAGCAAGGGACAAGUUCGUUUUCUGGGAAAAUGUGUAUGAUAUUGUGAUGAGGUACUCAAACAGAGGGAGAAGGACCUUCUCAAUCGCCGACACCCUUACAGGUUUCCUUGGCGAUACUAAGUUUUGUGGAAGCAACAGUUCUGCUGAUGGCGUAGAACAGGACCGCAGCAAGUGUCCCGGAUAUGACCAGACGCCGGAAUGUCCGUGGUCGGCCGAGGCUGCUUUUUGGACGGAAGCUUCCGAUUAUUUUUCCAAGUCGGCUUAUGGGGAUAUAGAACUUAUGCUGAAUGCCCGCUCAAACACACCUCUCACCAAUGAUUCAUACUUCAGUCGAUUUGAGUUGCCAAACCUUAAGGGUCCAAACGUGACAUCUCUUCGUGUUCUCUUUGCCCUGAACUCCGCCUUACCGCCGAGAGAGACUUGUUCAGGCUCAUCAGUAGAACUGGUUAAAAGAACACUUGCACAACAAGGGGUCACGAACGUAACUUGCGAGGUUAAUCCAAGUUCACUAAAGUUUCAGUUUUGUUCAGAGGAUCCGAGGUUACCUUUCUGUACUAAGGAUUGUGAUUCUAGUAGCACGUGGUCUGUUCAUGGUCACGUCAUCACCUUGUGUUUUGCCAUUGUCUUCUGUAAAAUGCUAUUCCUAAUUUAGUAUCAUUAGUCUAUUUGAUUCAAUAUCAACAUUAUCUACUAAUUGGAAGAGACCGGAAAAAAUGAAAUAAUACUUCGAAAUGAGUUAAAUGCGUUUAAAAAAAACCAAAAUUUUAACAAUAAAAACAAAAAGCACACAGACAUAUGAAUUCAUAUCAAAGGUCAAGAAUCAGUCGAAUACUGUGGUUUCAUCAAUGUUCGUUAAAUUCCAAUUCUUUGGAUUUCGUUAUAAAGUUGAUCCACAAAAAUAAGUGUUCAUUGAAGUGCAAUUUUUAUUAACAUUUUGUAUUGAUAUGGUCAUUGGCCACGAAUUUACGUAUCCUUGAAACUGUGAGUUUCACUUUAUCCACGAAAAUUGAUACCCUUGAAUAUUAAUAAAACCACAGUAUUAUUUGUUGUUGACAAAUGUUAUUACAGUUUACAUUUGUGUUCUUUGCCGUUUUCUGGAAAUUACAUUAAUUGGAAAGCUUAAAGGAUUUUACAUUGGCCAGUUGGUGUACUAGUAUUGCUAAAGAACAGAGUCUUCAGAAGUCAUUUAUUCGGACCGCGACUGGAAGCACAAGUGUGGUACUCUUAAUGUGUCCAUAAUGUUUGAUGAUUCAUCACAAUCGAUCAGCCAAUCAAUCUUGCCUGCAUUUCGAAAUAUCCAUAAUAUUAAUCUACACAGGUGACAAAAGGGAAUGUAAAAAGAAUGACAUGCAUUGAUAUACAAGUAAAACAAAUUCAGUGGAUCCGAUUUGGUUGCAUUCUUUUCACCGGAGAGUUUGUCCUGACUUUAACAAAGGCUUUAUUUACAUCUUCAGUUAACACGCCAGAUUAUUCUCUUAAAUAAGAUGUUGCUUACAAAGAUGACCUGACAUACAUUGCUCAUUUCUACGAACAUCGUGUCAUUGUGACAAAUUUUGAAGGAUCCCUCAGAAACACAAUUACUUUGUUACCUCAUGUGUCUCAUCCAAGAAGUAUCUCAAUCAGUUCUGACCACAAACUAGCUGUUGCUUUUGAAAAAAAAGUAUUUUUUUUCACCUGAAGUAAUCCAAGUAUUGCACUACGUCACAACCAGAUUUUACAAUAUUCGAUUUUUACAUUUUAAAUAUCUGGUAUAGAAUAUUUUGCUCUUUGUCGCCAUUGUAACUAAUGUUGAUUAUAAAAAAAAUAAAUAGUACAGUGUU